AUGAGAGUUGCUUGUUUGCAGUUCGAUCCUCAAGUCGGGGAUGUCGCCAAUAACUUCACAAAGGCGGAUGCCAUACUCACGAAAGCAAAGCCGGAGAAUCUCGAUCUUUUGGUGUUGCCUGAAAUGGCCUUUUCUGGUUAUAAUUUCUCCUCUUUGGAACAUAUCACUCCUUAUCUUGAGCCGACUACUUCCGGCGUCACGUCAUCAUGGGCACGUACGACAGCUCUCAAGUACAACUGUAUAGUUACGGUUGGCUAUCCGGAGAAAGUUUCCAAUCCUUCGAGUAGAUCAGCAAAUCCCGAAUGUUAUAACUCUACAGUUACGGUGGAUAAGGAGGGUAAGACUAUCGCCAACUAUCGAAAGUCAUUUCUAUAUUAUACAGAUGAAACUUGGGCUCAUGAAGGAUCUGGCUUUUACGAUGGAGAUAUCAGGGGGCUAGGGACGGUGGCAAUGGGAAUCUGUAUGGAUUUGAAUCCAUACAAAUUCGAAACUCCCUGGAUUACUUGUGAAUUCGCUUGCCACGUACUUCAAAAGAAAGCAAAUCUUGUUAUUUUGUCCAUGGCUUGGCUUACGAGACAGGAUCAAUUACCUUACGGUCUAUUAUCAAGCGAACCAGAUAUGGACACAAUCUCUUACUGGAUUAUGAGGCUGAAACCUAUCAUUGAGGCUAGCAGUAAUGAAGAAAUCAUUAUCAUUCUCGCCAAUCGAUGCGGAACUGAAGGCGAAGCAACAUAUGCAGGAACCAGUACAGUCUUAGGUAUCAAGGAUGGCGAAGUUAAUGUCUAUGGAAUACUCGGUCGAGGUGACGGAAAACUCUUGAUCGUCGAUACUGAUGCGCGUCCUAUGGCAAAAAUUAUUUCGAACGCGUAG